AUGGGCGUUACACAGUAUCCGGCGUGUUACACAAACCUGCACCCUCCUCUUUCCGGCUAUCUGGACUGCAGAUCCUGCAUGUUUUCUGCUUCCACGUUAUCGAGGCAUCCAUUCAGCGGCCUCGUGGUUGCGCUACGUCUGCCGUCAGAUCCGCUGCCCGGAGAUAUAAGAUGCUCUACUGCUGCCAAUGCGGGUUCCCGUCUCCUCCUAUGCCAGAACCGAUUCCUGGCCGCUACAAUUUGA